AUGGUAGUGUCGGAAUAUCCUCACUUCAUCGCCGACAAUGACUAUAUACCUUCAUUCGUAACACCACAGAAUGACCUGGAUAUAAACACCUGCGGAGAUGUGCACACCCAAUGGACCUCUUUACCAUGUCUAGAUGACACUGUUGGAAGUUCUACAUUGGGUGAAGAGGGACUAACGCAGUCGUCAGGCAGUGAGAAGGAGGAGUCAGACGAAGCAGUUGAUUCUCCAUUUUCGCGCUCUAGGUGUGGAUUGACGGAAGAAAGAGUUGGAGGGUUAAGCAUUUUUGCGGAAAUAGAUGAGGGAUUAAGGAACACUGCAUUGGACGUUCAUCCCUUUCUCAAUAUGGACGAGCAGCGGUCAUUGGUCGAAAAUGAGAGAAUGCAGCGCCAGUAUGAAUACUUUAUUUCGAUAGGACAGAAAAAUGCGUUGCCGCCCAAUGAGGUUGGUGUUUCAAGUAAAUCUCUUCUAAACGAAGCUCACCGAACGCAUAUUUCCCUUGUGCGCCGAUAUAACAAGAUGUGUGGGGAAAAAUCGCUCCCAACGAAAGACGAAGAAGCGAUAAAUCACCAGUGGCGGUGUAUUGAGUCAUCCGUUGAAAGAGAUCUUUAUAUGGAGGGAUUUGUGUUUGUUCAGCGUCGUUUGUCAUGUAUUUGCAUCUUUAAUCCUGACAGUGACGAGCGUCCUUAUUGGGACAAUGAAGACUUCCGUGAACAACGUUUGAUCCGUCAAGGAAAAGUGCUCGAACGACUCGCAGAACAAGCAAGAAAAGGAAGAAAUCCUUUUUUCGUAAUGGAUGCUUAG